AUGUUACUAUCGUUUAUAUCAAAAAGGUCAAUAAUACCAACUUUCAGUCAAUCAUUUAUAAAAAAUACAAUAAUACAUACAACAAGAUCAUUUUCAUCAACAAAUUAUAAUUCAAAUUCAUAUACAAGUUCAAGUUCAAAUUCUUCUGGAUCAUCAUCAUCAUGGAAUUCUAAUGGGGGUGAUAAGUCAUAUUCUACAUCUUCAACUAAUCCUUCAUCUUCACAACCACCUGCAUCUACAUCUGCAUCAUUGAAUUAUGAUUCUGCAUUAACAACUUUUAAUAUUUGUAAUAUUGCUGUAGCAUAUCAACCAAAAAAUAGAAAACCAAGUACAAAUUUAUUUAAAAAGAAGAAUAAUACAGCUGCAUUAGAUUCACCGACUGGUGAAGAUAAUUUAUUUGUAACGAAACAAAUUAAAGAUGGAUCUAUAGCAAUAGGAGUAGCAGAUGGAGUUGGUGGAUGGUCUGAAGCUGGUUAUGAUUCUUCUGCAAUAUCAAGAGAAUUAUGUUCACAUAUGAAAUAUAAUUUUGAAAAUAGUAAACCAGAUUCAAGCAUUACACCAAAAUCAAUAUUAGAUGAAUCAUUUAAACAAAUUUUAAAAUCAGAUAAAGUUGAAAUUGGAGGAACAACAGCAUGUUUAGGAAUUAUUACAACAAAUUUAAAAUUAAAAGUUGCAAAUUUAGGAGAUUCAUGGUGUGGAUUAUUUCGAGAUUAUAAAUUAAUUAAAGAAACAAAUUUUCAAACUCAUAAUUUUAAUACUCCCUAUCAAUUAGCUAAAAUACCACAACAUAUAUUAAAAAAGGCAGAAUUAGAAGGUAGAAGAUAUAUAAUUGAUUCUCCAAAUUUAGCAGAUGAAUAUGAAUGGGAUUUACAAAAAAAUGAUCUUAUUAUGUUUGCAACAGACGGAGUUACUGAUAAUGUUAUACCACAAGAUAUUGAAAUAUUUUUAAAAGAUGAAUUAGGCGAAGCGAAUAAAUCAAAUAAAUUAGAUCAAGUUGCUAAUAAAUUUGUUAAAGAAGUUGUAAAAGUAAGUAAAGAUAGUAAUUAUCCAAGUGCAUUUGCUCAAGAAUUAAGUAGAUUAACUGGUCAAAAAUAUUUAGGUGGUAAAGAAGAUGAUAUAACUAUUGUUUUAGUAAAAGUUUUAUAG